CCAUUGAUACCUUGCUUUGCAGUCGUUCGAACAUCUUUCAAAUUGCAAACUUGAGUAUUGAUGAAGGUUUUAAUCUAAAAAGGAAGAAUUUAUCAAUUUGCGUGACAUUUCUUGAUUCGAUGUCGAAAAAUCUCUUCUGUUUUCUGCAUUUUUUCGGUUGUUUCGUAGUGGGAAUACAGUAAGGAGCUUGUAACGGUUAUUUAUCAGACCCGUCGUUUUCAUCGUACACUAUCAAUCGCAAAUCUACGGAUUACAUUGGAGAAUUUCAAUAGAAACUGAAUGUAGGAAACAUCGAGUUCGCAUUGAUUGUGUUCAAGAUUGUGUUGCAUCGCUUGAUAGAGUGAGCCGAUGAAAAAUAGCAAAUUCGCUCGAACGUAUAAUCAUAUGAAGGCGUGACAAAUUACAGAAGAAUUACCUUGGAAGCUUGCCUAUAUUGAAGUUCUGCCAAAAUGAUUUUCAUGAUACUAUUCUUCCUCAUAACGGGAGUGAUUCUCCAGUUCUUCUACAUCCAUUAUAAGAAAUUGGGAAGAACUAUAAACAACAUACCAGGACCGCUGCCUGUACCAAUAUUCGGGAACAUGCAUUUAUUGCAAGUUUCUUCAACCGAACUAUGGAAAACCAUCCGAAAAAUGGCCGAUCAGUAUUAUCCAAUUUUUAGGCUCUGGACCUUUUCGAUGCCAUUCCUUAAUAUUCGUCAUCCGAACGACAUCGAAACGAUCCUCGGGAAUCCUACAUCCAUUCAGAAAAGCGUGGCCUACAAGUUUCUGCACCCGUGGUUCCAGACAGGACUUCUCACCAGCUCCGGUCGCAAAUGGCAACAACGCAGGAAGAUACUGACGCCAGCGUUUCAUUUCAACGUGUUGCAACAGUUCACUGAUAUAUUUAUCGAAGAAUCGGAAAGCAUGUGUAUCUCGCUGAGAAAAGAGGGCGGGCCGGUCAUAAAAAAUCUGUUGUCCCUAAUUAGCGAGCACACUUUGAACGUGAUAUGCGAUACCGCGAUGGGAACUUCGUUGAAGGAUAAAGGUCCGUUCCAAGAGAAAUACCGGAACGCCGUGUACGAAAUGGGUCGGACUUUAGUGUACAGGUUCAUUCGGCCAUGGUUCUUUUACGACUUCUUCUUCUCAUUAUCUCCGCAAGGGUGGCUUCAGGCUAAGUUGCUGAAAAUUUUGCAUGGGUUUACUACGAAGAUCAUCAAGGAGAGGAUGGAGUAUCACGAUAAGACGGAUGGCAAAUUCUUGACUGGCAUAGAUAACGAAAAGAAGAAAAGCGAGGACGACAACUUCUAUGGAAUUCGUAAAAGGAGACUAGCCAUGCUGGAUCUCUUGAUAGCCGCGCACAGACGAAAUGAGAUAGAUUUGGAAGGUAUCAGAGAAGAAGUUGAUACAUUCAUGUUCAGGGGACACGAUACCACGGCCACGUCUCUUUGCUUCUCGAUUAUGCUGUUGGCCGAACACAAGGAGAUACAGGACCGAGCCAGAGCCGAGGUAAACGAGGUGCUGGAAGCGAACAAUGGUAAAAUGACUAUGUCCGCCCUACAAGAUCUACCGUAUCUCGAUCGAUGCAUCAAGGAAUCGCUUCGACUCUUCCCGAGUGUGCCAUUCAUAUCUCGCCUACCGGAAAUGGACAUGACAUUAAGCAAUUUCCCAGUGCCGCGAGACACGAUAGUUCAUCUCCACAUAAUGGACGUCCACAGGGACCCGCAGUUCUGGCCGAAUCCGGAAAAAUUUGAUCCCGACAGAUUCCUGCCGGAAAAUUCUCUGGGGCGCCAUCCUUAUUGUUAUAUACCUUUCAGCGCUGGCCCGCGGAAUUGUAUAGGACAAAAAUUCGCCAUGUUCGAAAUGAAAGCGUCGUUAGGACUAUUAUUGCACAACUUCUAUUUGGAGCCCGUCGAUUACAUUAAGGACAUAGCCAUCGACACCGAUCUGGUGAUACGUCCAGCUCAUCCGAUACGAACGAAAUUCAUUCCAAUCGAGAAAACGUGUUGAUGUCGGCGAUAUUCCGGUCUUGUAACGAGCAACUGUUCCAGCAGUGCAAUAUCUUGGCGUGAUGGCGUAGACAAAGUACAUUUCAUUUAACAGUUCACUAUUUGUAGUCCGAUCGUAUAAAUUAUGAACAAUACGGCAAGCUUAUCGAUCGCAAAACAGCUUCUACCGAAAAGGAAAAACGACGGAUAACUCUGGAGAAACGGCGAGCAGGAUAGAAUAUUUAUUAUUAACGUUUCUCUGAAUUGCCAGAGAAGUUCCUAUUAAUAUAAUACGUUUUUGUGUGAAUUCUUUCAAGGAUUUCGCGUUGUUUUACACGAGCAUAGUCGUCGGGUGUAUUCAAUUACUGCAAGACGUGUCGCAUAUAGCGGAAAGGUAUACGAAAAAUAAAUGCAUUUCGUAUCGUGCAGCUUUCAACGGGCUCAAUUGGCCUGUUAAGUAUCAACAAUUGUAAAUUAAAUGUUAAUUAUUGUAUUCUUUAU